AUGUUCGGCCGUCGCAAAAGAAGCUCGUCCCAUCAUCAGCCAUUAUCUGCACCCGCGUCUCAGUCCGCGCAAUCCGCCGCCAGUCAUGCCUUCCUGAAAUCCCAACCCUCCUCGAGUAGCCUUUCAUCGGCUGCUGCUGCCGCUGCUCUGCGUACUCUCAGUCCCACCCCGACGUCCGUGGAAAAUGUCCAGACGAAGCGGAUGGCCAACCGACGGGCUUCAAUGCAGUCGCCCACUAAUCUGGCGGCCGGUCGUCGCUCCGCAAGUGUCAGCGGUCCUCUGCGCCGGACAAAUAGCUCAAGCUCGAUGACCGCAAGGACUUUUCGUGAGCCAUCGCCCAAUCGCCCAUCCACCAGUUCCGGACCUGCGGAUCAACGUGACGUGCCUGUCGAUGUGCCCCCGUUGCCAUCUCUGCCGACCAAAUACGUACCCAAAUACGUACCCAGAAAUGGGCCAAAUCGUCGUGCUGUCAGCAUGGAUCCGGCAAUGCGAUCUCCUCCGGCAUCUCCGCGCGCCCGAGGUGCGAACGUGGAUCGAGCUCAAGAUGGUGUCCCGGCAAUUUUGCCGUCGACGCACGGCCGAAUCAACAGCUUGGGCACAGUUCCAGAAACGGACCGACCAAGCAGUCGGAACUCGAUCAAUUUCUCUUAUCCAAUGGGUGCACGAGCAAUCUCGCCGACAUCACCCCUGGAGAAUCAGAUGACGAGCUUGGACCCGGCUUCAGUUCGUGAGGUGCCAUCGGAGGAGGAACCUAGCAUGCGACAGCCUGGUUCCGAAAAUUCAGGCAACACGGGAAGUAGGACACAUGCAGUGGGGAUGGAAGGAAGCCGUGCAAGCAAGCCCGCAGGUGCUUCGGUAAGCACGGCUGUCGCUGCAGCUCAAGCAGUGAGCGGGCAGAAGAGCAGCCCGAAGGCGGACCCUGGGACCCCGGCUCUUAGCUCGCAGGAGCGACGCAUCGAUCACACAGUUCCAGUGACGGACAGCGGUUCACAGGGCGACCCCCCGACCUCCCGACCUGUUCCUGAACGAUGGCCCUCCACAGUGUUUGAGGAGAACGAGACGGAAGUUGAGGUGGACGCUGGUAUCUCGGCCACUCGAUGUAUUGGGGACCGAUUGGCAAACGCACCUCCGACUGUCAGUUAUGUGGACGCGGUCUCGACACCGCAACCGUCCCCUCAGCCAUCCCCGAAGGCCGGGAGAGAAACCACGCCGCAGCAAGAGGCCCAUUUUCAGCAGUCCAGCAGCCCUGGCCGAUCAGCCCGCUUCGCCAAAUGGCUUUCCGUCAGUGCCUCUGGGGAUCAAGUUCAUCAGCCCCCUCCACGAUCUGUCUCUCCGGUUAAGUCAGCGUUGAAAGCCCCUCGUGGAAGCUCGCUGUCUCCGGAUCGAAAGGGCAGCACAAUGGGUGGUCGAGUUUUCCAGCCACCUAGCGAGAUAUCGGAUGGUACCUCGGUGGCUUCAGACGAAGGUUCUCGGAUUGGUGUCAAGAAACGGCCAGUGAAAGUGAGCUUCGACGAUGAGGCCGAAAUUGUCGGCGUCGCAGCCAGCCCUCCCACCUCCCCCGAGGAGAAUGUGCCCGAAUCGCCACCUAACAAAGGCAAAUCUCGCAUGAGUUGGCUGGGUGUCGGCAAGAAGAGGGUAUCGCCUUUGGAUUUCGUGAGUGGUGAUGAUGACUUCGACAAAGUCAUGAAGCCCAGGCCAGCGCUCCCAUCAUUUGGAAGCGUUCGAGGAAUUCGAGAUGGUGGAAACCCAGCACCGGCCAUUCCAGAUUUCAGCGAUAAUGACUCAACGAGUUCGUCCGACAACGACGUCGCAGCUCCGGGGCUGUCAUUCUCAAAUGACCAUGCUCUUGGAGGCAUACUCCCCAAGGCUCUGCAAAAAGAACCUGCGAAAACCCGCGGCAACACAGCUUUGGAGCAACUGUCUGUCAGCGGGGGCCCGCUUUCUUCGCAGCAGACGUCUGCACCAGAGCCCAAACUGGGUGGGGUCGCUAUCGGAAGCCGUACUGAUAAGUCGUCACUUUCUGGUCCGAAUGCCGAAUUACCUGUGCCUUCUAUUGCCGUGGAGCCGGCUACCCCUCCAGUAGACAGUGGCCGGCCCAUCCUUGAGCAACGGUCCAGCCUUGAUUGCCAUAUUCCGGGCGGGUUUCCUGCCUCGAAAUCAGACCGCAACCUCCAGGCCGCCGCUUCUGCGGCUUCCGCGGAUACAGUUAAACCUCAACCUGUCGCGAGUGCUGUGCCGCAGCUGGAUGAUGUGGAUACUGAAGGGGAGUCUGGGGACAGUGUCUACAGUGACGCUGCUGAGGACAUCGAUGGCGAUGGCUUUGGUUCGAUCAAUGCAAUUGUGGAGAGUCGAGCAGUUCCUCGCUCAACGGGGCCCAUGGCUUCGUCAAGCGAAAGUCGUGAUGCCACUCCAAGAGCGGUGGAUCGAACUGCGGCUAUUGAGAGUCAAUCACAAGGCGUCACAGGGCAAGGCCGGGAAGACCCUCGCUCCAUCACUCCUACCCAGGAUUCUGUCAAUCGCCAGAUGAGCGAAUCUCCAGUCUCUCCUUCAGGCCAGCGAGAAUCCGACUCGACAUAUUCGCCAUUACCGACCAAGUCAAACGCCCGGGCCCCGUCUUCCCAGAAUGGUACCAUCCAAACGGACAGCACAAAGCAAAGCCGGCCAAUGUCUGUGGACGCGCGUGGGGGCUCUGGAUUGCAAGAUCCUAGUGUUAUUUCGAACAAGGCUACCAAAGACAAGAACCGGCCUGUCUCUCUUGGGCCAGCCUUCCAGAUGAAGAGAAACAACGGUGCAUCGGCUGAAUGGUCGAGUUCCCUCCGCCGCACUACGUCAAGUGGCAGCGACUCUUCGAGCAGCUUCAAGCGCGCCAGCCCUUCUGCCCGCAGUGAGGGCCCGUUAUCCAUGCGUCGGACGAUGAGAGCCAGCUCUACACAACCUCGUGUGCACUCUCCCUCGGACCGUGCAAACUCUCCCGACGAUCGUCGGCCACUUUCCUCUGGCUCGGGGGCCGGAACGAUGCGAAGGACACUACGAAGCCCGGGUGCUGGAAACGAGCGGUAUUCGUUCUUCUCCACCAACAACAAAGCACCUCGAGCACUCUUCACAAAGGCGCCUCCAAAAUCUAUGCGCGGAGCCUCGCGAUUCGUCGAUUCAGAUGGAGAGGGCGACGGAGCACAGCCGCAGACCUUCCAUAGCCGAUUUGCAGACUCCAGUGACGAAGAUGAACCCGGAAGCAACACGUUGCGACCUGUCCGCGGUAUCCCACGCCGUCAAGGUGCCUACGACGGAGAUUCGACGGACCUGGAAGAUAGUUCUGAGGAAGAACGUCAGCUGCAGGCUGCUGCACUCGCCGCACAUCAACCAGUUUCCACGCCGCCUGGUUCUCGUGGCAAACACGCCCCCAACAUGUCUGGCUUCGCCGCUGUGGCCAAGCAGCGAGGAAUGAGCCAACGAGAGCUGGAGGAGUUCCUUAUGCAGCCCCCCGGAGGCCGGAAACCGUCUCUUCUCACUCGUCUGGGCCUCAAGAGGCCCAAGUUCUCUGACAAUCGCAUCCGCAAGGCAGACGUCGAAAGCCCCUCCCGAAGAGACACCCCGUUAGAGCGGUCGCGGCUGGAACGCGAACACCUGCGAGGCGAAAACUUUGUGAACGGUGAUCGCGGUGUGGUGACAACAGUGACGGCCGGCGCACCUCAACCGGCCCCAUCACGCAAGUUAAACAGGCGGCUCUCUAAGCGAAACACUAUCAGUGCUGAUCACUGGCCGCUCCGCCCCGAGCCCAGGGAUAAAACGCCCGAACCAAUCCCAGAGCACAGCCAGAGCCUCCCCUCGUCGCCGUUACAAGCAACCAAGCCCGCAGGACUGCCGGCUGCUGAUGCCGAGCGCAACGGAAGCAUCACGGUCAACGGAGGUGAUGCGCCUGGGACCAUCUCUACUAUUAAGGAAGAGCCCGAGCCUCCUCAAGCGAGCCAGGCUGGGCCAGAUGUCAACGACGCUGGUUCGGAUGUCACGAGGACGACGGCCGAGGAGCAGGGUCUCUCGGCGCGCGAUGUAGUGAUUGCUGGCUCUGGGCGCAAGAAACGCUUCCCUCUCUUUCGGAAAGCCUUUGGUCUACGGAAAUAA